ACUCUUUAGAAGAAGUCACAGAGGAAUGCUAUUCCCCAACCACCCUCCAGAACCUGGCAAUUCAGAGUCUACUGAGGGAUGAGGCCUUGGCCAUUUCUGCUCUCACAGACCUGCCCCAGAGUCUGUUCCCAGUCAUUUUUGAGGAGGCCUUCACUGAUGGACAUAUAGGGAUCUUGAAGGCCAUGAUACCUGUGUGGCCCUUCCCAUACCUUUCUUUAGGAAAGCNGAUAAANAAUUGCAACCUGGAGACUUUGAAGGCUAUGCUUGAGGGACUAGANAUACUGCUUGCACAAAAGGUUCAAACCAGUAUGUGCAAACUCAGAGUAAUUAAUUGGAGAGAACAUGACUUGAAGAUAUGGGCUGGAUCCCAUGAAGGUGAAGGCUUACCCGAGUUCACGACAGAGAAGCAGCCAAUUGAGAACAGUCCUGGCUGUGAGGUGAAGAAAGAAUUGAAGAUGACGACUGAAGUCCUUCGCAUGAAGGGCAGACUUGAUGAAUCUACCACAUACUUGUUGCAGUGGGCCCAGCAGAGAAAGGAUUCUAUUCAUCUAUUCUGUAGAAAGCUAGUAAUUGAUGGCUUAACCAAAGCCUCAGUGAUAGAAAUCUUCAAAACUGUACAUGCAGACAGUAUACAGGAGCUUAUCCUAAGAUGUAUCUGCAUAGAAGAGUUGGCUUUUCUUAAUCCCUACCUGAAACUGAUGAAAAGUCUUUUCACACUCACACUAGAUCACAUCAUAGUUACUUUCAGUUUGGGUGAUUCUGAAAAGCUUGAUGAGGAGAUAAUAUUCAGCUUGAUUUCUCAACUUCCCACACUCCACUGUCUCCAGAAACUCUAUGUAUAUGAUGUCCCUUUUAUAAAAGGCAAUCUGAAAGAAUAUCUCAGGUGCCUGAAAAAGCCCUUGGAGACGCUUUGCAUCAGUAACUGUAGCCUCUCACAGUCAGACUUAGAUUACCUGCCCUAUUGCCUGAAUAUUUGUGAACUCAAACAUCUGUAUCUUAGUGAUAUAUAUCUAUGUGAUUUACUCCUUGAGCCUCUUGGGUUUCUCCUUGAAAGAGUUGGAGAUACCCUGAAAACCCUGGAAUUGGAGUCAUGUUGUAUAGUGGACUUUCAGUUAAGUGCCUUGCUGCCUGCCCUAAGCCAAUGUUCUCACCUCAGAGAGGUCAGUUUCUAUGACAAUAAUGUGUCUCUGCCUUUCUUGAAACAACUUCUACACCACACAGCCCUGCUGAGUCAGCUGAUCUAUGAGUNUUACCCUGCCCCUCUGGAGUGCUAUGAUGACAGUGGUGUAAUACUAACACACAGAUUAGAAAGUUUUUGUCCUGAGCUCCUGGAUAUACUUAGAGCCAAAAGACAGCUCCAUAAUGUCUCAUUUGAAACACCCCAAUGCUCUAAAUGUGGUGGGUGCUACAUUUAUGAUCAGGAGACCCAAUUUUGCCGUUUUGUGAAACUACUAUUAGCUUGA